UUCCGGCGGGGGUUUGACGUCAGUUCCCGGCGGGAUGGCGGGGAGGCGGGCGCGGGUGGUUCGGCGGAGGGCGAUGGCGGUCCCGGGCGGCGUCCCCGAGGACGUGGUGAACGGCCACGUCCUGCACUUCUACUUCCACCAGGCCAUGGCGGCCUACUGCGCCGGGCGGAACCGCGACUUCCGCCAGCUCCGCGACGUCAUGCAGGCGCUGCUGGUGCGGCCGUUGGAGAAGGAGCCCAUGGUGGUCCAGAUGCUGCGGAUAAUGCAACUCCUCUCGCGGAUCGAGGAAGGCGAAAACCUCGAUUGUACCUUCGAGAGAGAGCUGGAGCUCACGCCCCUCGAAUCGGCCAUCGGUGUCCUGGAGCUCUUUCAGAGAGAAUUCUCUGUGGCUGAGAAGACAAUGGAAACUGUUCAGAAGAUGGUGAAAGAGGCUGCUGUUAUCGUCUGCAUCAAAAACGGGGAGUUUGAGAAAGCUUUGAAAAUUGUCAAGAGGCACAUGGGGAAGGAGCCCAAGAGCCACAGAAAGCAGAAUGAGUUGCUGGCUGCCAUCCGCGAGAAGGAUGUCACUCAUCCCAUUGUCAAAAACUUCUCUUACAAGAACUUCCAGCAGAGCGUGUUUCAGUUCCUGAAGAGCUAUGUGGACGAUUCGGAGCCGCUGCUGCUGACGAUAAUGAAGAAGGCUUUGAAUUCAGAACGUGCUGAAGGGCCAAAACGCACAUCAGCGACUCCUGGGUCUGCAAACAGGCUGAAGGACCAGGCGGCGGCUCCACAGCCCUCAGGCAGGGCAAAGGGCUCGGCAGGAGCUGCGGAGACAGCAGUGGAGCUGGACGGAGCUCCCAGCCCUGUGGGAAGGACAGAGGAGCCUGCGGCUGCUCCUGAGCCCAUGGAAGGAGUUGGUGACUCUGCAGCAGCUCCCAAGGCCAUGGAAGGAGAUAAUGACUCAGCAGCAACGCCCGAACACAUCACAGCAGUGGUUAAUGUCUUAGAAGAUGCUUCAGAGCCUAUGGAUAUACCUAAAGAACCAGCAGCAGCAGCUCCAGAACUUCCAGGAGUGUCCUUCAGGGACACUGACAGGCAGCCCCCUGGAGCUGUAACCACCUAUGGGAUGUCUGUUCUGAGAGAAGCUUUCAAGAUCCUGUCGGACUCCCAGGAUUCUGACGCACUCUUCACCAAACUGGAUGAAACAGACUUUUCUUUCCCCAAGCAAUUGUCUCCUUCUGUAUCCCACAGAACCAAGAGACGAAAUGAAGAGGAGUAUCAAGAUCAUGACAUCUCAGACUCUCCCAAAAUAUCCCAUAAGGGCAAACGCUUGUUGACCAUAAGCGAACUGGUCAUGGAGCAAGACAGCCUGUGCAGCGAGUCGAGUGAGAGCCCAGACUCUUCCCAGGAGCCAGUUGUAUCUUCUGCUUCCAGACCUGUUCAGAAAUUGCCUGACCAGCCUAUAUCUUCUCGAAGUGCCAAGUCCCUCCGCGGGCGGUGGAACAGCUCGUAUGGCAAUGAGGAGAAGGACAGCUGGACGGAGGAGGAUGAGCUCUUCUCGGAUGCUGCGUCACUUGAGACAAAUGGCCACAAUGCUACUGUCUUUGGUUCUAAGAAACAGAAAUGGACCAGCCAGGAGAGCGAGUGGAUCAAGGACGGCGUGAAGAAGUUUGGCGAAGGGAGGUGGAAAGCCAUUUGCGAGAAAUACCCCUUCCAGAACCGUACCCCGGUGAUGAUCAAGGAUCGCUGGCGGACCAUGAAGAAGCUGGGAAUCCUCUAAAGUCAGGAGCCAUGGGACCUUUGGUGCAAAACUUCCUGAUUUUUUUCUUUUGAAAGACGGACUGGAGCAGCAGCAGUGAGGAGGCUGCUGUGCUCAUCCCCGGGGGUGUUGGGCUGGCGUGGUGACCCCGCCAGCUCACGGUACCCAGAACUGCUGCAACAGCUGGAAACUGCAUCUGACCAGAACCAAGGAGCCUUGUCUCUCUGGUUGUAGCUGUGAGUUUGGGUCUCCUGCGGUGGCAGAAGCUGCGCAGCCUAGUUGCACAGAAACACCUGGGACUGGGACCCUUCCUGCCACCUGCAGCCUUUGCAGAACACAUCCGAGCCCAGAGGCUGUGGAAAUAAUGGUUUUCUCUGCUCAGUGCAGGAUAAUCCCAUCAGUGGCUAUUGUUGUGUUUUAACUGUCUAAACUGUGAAUUGCUUGUUUUGUCUGUUUGCGGCCAGCGUGCUGUGGGACAGCACUGAGUCCCAGAGCUGCUGGGCUGCAGGACAUUCAGGCCAGGUCAUUGGCUUUGUGGUUUUUUUUUUUCCUUCUUUCACAUUUCUUUCUGCUUUGUAGAUGACCUCCCAGCUUUGAGGCUUCAAAAACAUUAUUUUGUUUCAGUACUUAAAUGUUGGUUGUUCCCAUGUUAGAAGUUGUAGAACUUACUGAUUUUGGUCGUGUUGUACUGACACUUCUCCCACACAGCCCCUGAGCGAACGAGCCCCAGGGCACUGUUUCUUACCUGCAGGUGCCAAAGCUGGAGCCCAUGUUCCACUGCCCGUCUAUAAAAUAAAGUUCCUUUCUUGUUGGA